AUGUCGGGUUUGAGUGGCCAAAGGGGCGGUCCCCCACAGGAAUCUGCUUAUCCACCUCCUCCUGGUGAAGAGGACGACCGCCCUCCUCGACCUCAGUAUCAACAGCUGCCCCCGCCAGCAGGCAUGACCCUCCCGCCUAUCCAGGACAGUCUCCAGGCCUACAGCAGUCGUUACCCAGACCCCAGGGCUCAAGGCAACUACACAGCAUCUCCCACCGCCCCAAAUGGCUACGGUCCUCCCGGCCCUAGCUACCAACUGCCUCCUGUCCAGCCUCCCCACGACCAUAGGUACAGCGGUGACCAGCACAGGCCUUUUUACGAUGCUCGUGGCGGAUCCUAUCCACCCCCGCCACCCCAGCCGGAUCAGUACAACUACACGUACCGACCGUCUUCUGGCCCACCUUACAACAAUGGCAGCUAUGUCUCCGAAUACGGCCGCGGGGUCGCUUCUGCGGCCGGGCAGGCUGCACCUCGACAGAGGACCUCCAUCGCUUGCAGCUACUGCCGGAGGCGCAAGAUCCGGUGCAGUGGCUACGGCACCUCGGACGGGGUCUGCUCGAACUGCAGAAAGACCGGCAACAAAUGCGUGUUCCAGCCUGUCAGCUCCUCGUCGACCACGGCGUUUGUUCCCGUGUCAGCCGUACCUGGCGGUGUGCCUCCAGGCACGCCUCUGUACGGCGCCUUCGGUCAGCCGCUGCCACAAGGCGCCGCUGCGGGAGGACCGCCUGGCCCUGGAGGAGCACCGCUCCCUCCACCCCCAGGCGGCGCGCAGCCCUAUCCGCCGCAGCCUCAGCAGUCCGAGGGAUACGGCGACCACUCGCCUCGAGCGAGUUAUUACCCUCCGCCUCCUGAUGAUGGCAACAGCCGAAGACGACUGCACGAGGAAGAUCACACCUCUCGUCUGCCUCCACCCAACCCGUACGGCGAACCCGAUCCUCGCCGACGCUCGCCUGCUUCCCCGAUCCAGGGCGGAACACCCCCACAAGGUCAGUACGACUACCCUACGAGCACGAGAUCCUAUGACCCGGGCGAGCGAACUGGCACUCCCCGACACGACACUCCCACAUCUCCCCAGCACGGUGGAAAUGGUCUGAUAAAUCUGACCUCACUCAUGGAUCAGCAUCCACCGCCGCGCCCUCCAGCCGGGGCUGAUUCCAGCCACGACAUAGACCAGACUAUGCUCGGCCGGCUGAACCGGCGGAGUUAG